AUGUCCUCUCCCGCCGUGAACAAAGCUCCCCCCAAGCUGGGUUCCAAAGCUGGCACACCAGCCAAGAUCCGCAAAGGCUCCGGUUCAAGUGCAGCUUCGAAGCCCAGCACUGCUGCCCCAGCAAGCCCAAAGUCCACUAAGAAAGCCACCCCACGCAAGCUCUCCCAGAAAGCCCCCGAGCCAAUUGAGGAUGACCUGGAUGAGCAAUCCAUUCCCGAAACACCUUCCCCAAAGUCCAAGAAGAAGUCCGAGCAACGUCGCCCUGCCUCUCCUCCCGAUGACGCCUCUGUGGCACCCUCAGACUCCGGCUCCGCUGCACCCCUCGGCCGCGCUGCGUCUGGUCUAACUGGAAAAGCUAAAGGUCUUGCUGGCAAGACAAAGGACACUGUUCAAAAAGGAGCUGAGACUGUUCAGGAUACUGCGAAGGAGACUACAGAACAGCUUCCUGUGCCCCUGGAUCUGGCUGCACUGAAGGGUCUUGAGAUUUCCGAUGGCGGAGAGAUCCUUGGUCAAGAUGGGAACCCUAUCGGCAAGGUCGUUGAGGGUGACCCCGAAGAUCUUGUUGGCCAGACUGUCGGCGAUGACGGUGAGAUUGUCGACGAAGAAGGCGAUCUCAUUGGUCGUGUUGAUAUCUUGCACGAUGUCGCCGAGCAGGCCAAGGAUGCCGUGCCUGAAGAUGUGCAGUCCAAGGUUGGUGAGGUUGAUCUGGAAAAUGUUGUCACAGAUCUCGCUCAGCUUGAUGGUCUGCCAGUCUCUGAUGGCGGUGUCAUCAAGAACGCUGCUGGUCAGAUCGUUGGUCGCAUCGUUGAAGGUGACCCAGAGGACCUCAUUGGUUACACACUCAACGAUGAUGGUGAAAUUGUCGACGAGGAAGGUGAUGCCAUUGGCCGUGUCGAUUUGAUUCCUAUUGAAGAGCAGAAGAAGGCCAUUGAGGAGGCUGCUGGCGACGUGACCGAGAAGGUCGAUGGCGCCAAGGAUGAUCUUGAGGAUCAAUACGAAGAUGCUCAGGAUAGCCUGUCAGCCAACGAGGCUGAAAAUGUUGCCCCCAGUGUCGGAAAAGCAGCCAGCCAGGCCAAGUCCACUGCCAACGAUGUCGCUGAUGAGGCUGAAGAUGCCGCCUCCGAGGUCGAGGGAGAUGUCCCUGACGUUGAUGACGCGAAGAACACCGUUGACGGUGCUGCGGACGACGCCAAGAUUAACCUCGAGGACAAUGUCGACGGCGCCAAGGGCACCCUUGAGAACACCGCCGAGGAUGCCCAAGACACGCUCGACGACGCCAAGGACACCGCUGAAGACACCGCCGGAGAUGCGAAGGGUGAAGUCGAGGAUGUUGCCGAUGAGGCAAAGGACGGAGCCGAAGGCGCCGCCGAUGACGCCCAAGGUACCCUCGACGACGCGAAGGAGACCGCCGAGGGAGCCACCGAAGGUGCUCAAGACGCCCUCGGUGAAGCCCAGGAAACUGCCGGAGGCGCCGCCGACGGCGCCCAAGACACCCUCGAUGGAGCCAAGGAUGCCGCUGAGGACGCCACCGAAGAUGCCACCGAGGACGUUGAAGACGCAGUCGACGAGGCACAAGAACAACUCCCAGACCUCUCAACCCUCGAAGGCCUUGUGUGCAACAAGCGCGGCUACAUCAUCAACCAAGCAACCGGCAAGCCUGUGGGUGAGCUCACAGAAGGCGACGCAAAGAAGAUCGCCAAGAUUGGCGCAACCCUCGACAGCAAAGGCCAAUUCUGGGACAACCGCGGCAACGUGAUCGGCAAAGCGAAGACUCUUCCAAUCGAAGAUGACGAAGAUGAAGAAGGUCCAUUCUCCGGACUAGAAGGACUCGUCGUUGGAGAAGACGGAUUCAUUGAAGACGAGAACUCCAACCGUGUCGGUCGCCUUAUCGAAGGAGACGCCAAGAAGCUCAGUGGUCGUGGCGUUGACGAGGAUGGUGAAAUCCUCGACCGCAAGGGCAAUGUCAUUGGCCGUGCCGAGCGCCUCGAGCCGGAAGAGGAGGAGCCCGAGGAGGUCGGACCUGAUUUCUCGGCUGUCAACGGUCUUUCCUGCAACAAGGCCGGAUAUGUCAUUGGCCCUGAUGGGUUCCCCAUUGCUCGUGUGAUUGAGGGCAACCCCAAGGAACUUGUUGGGAAGAAGAUUCAGGACGGCGAGAUUUACGAUGGCAAGAAUGUCGUUGGUCGCGUUGAACUCAUUCCCGAGGAUGAGAUUGAGAGCAGGCCUGAAGGUCCCUUCGCUGGAAUGGAAAGCCUAUUCGUCACCAAGGAUGGAUUCAUCGAAGAUGACGAAGGAACCAUUGUUGGUAAGAUCAUCGAAGGUGACCCAAAGAAGCUGCGUGGUCGCGCCGUCGAUGAAGACGGUGAGAUCACUGACAAGUACGGCAAUGUGAAGGGCCGUGCUGAGCCUUACGAGGUUCCUGAGGAGGAAGAGGAGGUUCCCGAAGAGGUGGAUCUCUCCAUCCUCGAUGGCAAGGUUGUCAACAAGUCUGGCAACGUUGUUGACCCCUCUACUGGUGCCGUCGUUGGACGAAUCGUGGAAGGUGACAAGCGCUUGGCUGGUCGCAAGGUCGACGGCAAGGGUCAGAUCUGGGGUGACAAUGGCAAAGUCGUUGGCCGUGCCGAGCUGAUCCCUGGCGCCGAAGAGAACAAGGCCGAAGGUCCUUUCUACGGGUUUGACAACGCAACCGUCGGAAAGGAUGGUGUCGUUCAGGAUGGCGAGAAGAUCAUUGGUCGUCUGGUUGAAGGCGACGCGAAGCGUCUCCUUGGCCGAAAGGUCGAUGAGGAUGGUGAUGUCGUCGACAAGAACGGCAACACCAUUGGUAAGGCCGAGCGCUGGGAGCCGGAGGAGAAGAAGCGCGAGGUCAACCCCAUGUCUGGACGCAAGAUUACCAAGGAGGGUGAAGUGCGCGACGCGGAUGGAAACCUCAUUGGAAAGCUCACUGAUGGUAACCUUGCCACGCUGGUUGGCAAGGUCAUCGACGACAACGGAUAUGUUGUUGACAAUGAUGGCAACAAGAUUGGUGAAUGCACUCUGCUCGAAAACAUUCCUGAGCCCGAGCCCGAGGAGCCUGAGCCAGAGGUGGAGGAAGAGGGACCCUCUCCCGAAGAGCAAGAGGCCGCUGCGAAGGCUGAGUCCGAUCGCCAGCUGGCCGAAAAGAUGACCUUCAUCCUCGGCCAGACUCUGGACCGUGUUAAGCCUGUUUGCAAGCAAAUCACAGACGCCAUCGAAAAGGCAGAUCGCACUCCCAAGGACGAACUGGACGAGGAGAAGCUGGUGCAGCAGGUGAAGCCGCUCCUCGAGGAAGGUGGCCGGAUUCUCCAAGAAUGCAACGGCUCGAUCCGUGCCCUUGACCCCGAUGGACGCAUCGCUGCCACUGCUAAGGCGCGCGCUGCUUCUCGUGAUGCCACUCCCGAGGAGUACCAGCUUGCCGACCAGAUCAAGGAGCUCACCGAGACAGUCGUGAAGACCAUUGACAACGGCAAGAAACGUAUUGCUGACAUGCCUCACGCCAAGAAGAAGCUGAACCCUCUCUGGGGCUUGCUGUCCGAGCCUUUGUUCCAGAUCAUUGCUGCUGUCGGCUUGUUGCUGAACGGUGUUCUCGGACUUGUCGGCCGUCUGCUUGAUGGUCUUGGCCUUGGUGGUUUGUUGAAUGGCCUUCUUGGCAGCUUGGGAUUGAACAAGCUGAUUGAUGGACUGGGACUGGGCAGCCUGACUGAUGCUCUUGGUCUUGGUGGGAAGAAAUAA